AGAGUCAAACUCUUAAGUCUGGGACUAGAAGCAUAAACCAGAAAUAUAGAAAUCACAAAAUGAGGAUCAGCUACUUUUUUGUGCUAUUUCUGUUAUUCUGCACGAUGACUGUCUUAGACGCGUAUCGCAUUGUGAAUGGACACCCCAUUGACAUACAGGAAGCACCUUGGCAGGUAUCGAUACAGAAAUAUGGGUUUCACUUUUGUGGUGGCUCAAUUGUGGCCAGUCAAAUAAUCUUAACUGCUGCGCAUUGUUUGGUCAACAUGGAUGUAAAAACGUUGACUAUACGAGCUGGAUCUAGGUUUUGGAAAAAGGGUGGCCAGGUUGUGAAAGUAGCGAAAAUAAAGUCUCAUACCGAAUAUCGAGCGAAGAAAUAUCUUAAUGACAUUGCAAUCAUGCGAUUGGCAACCCCACUGAAGUUUGGACCCCUUGCGCAGCCGAUUACAUUAACUUCGUCAGUUCCACGUGAUGGAACUGGAGCCUCUGUUUCAGGUUGGGGUCUCCUCAAAGCGAAAUCAACAAAGCGCCCAGAGAUUCUGCAAGCAGUGAACCUUCGUAUAAUGGAUUACAAAAAAUGCCAAAAUACCAACUAUGGGCGGUAUGGCUAUAGUAUCACCAGGCAAAUGAUUUGUGCCGCCUUAAAUGCCAACGACGCAUGCCAGGGUGAUUCCGGUGGUCCAUUGGUCUCCAAAAAGAAACUUGUUGGUAUUGUAUCUUGGGGCAGAGGAUGUGCCGCACAGGGAUUUCCAGGAGUAUACACCAAUAUUGCAUAUUAUAAAAAGUGGUUAAAAACAGAAAUUAAAGAACUGACCAACUGUUAAAAAAAUGA